AUGGCAAUACCGACCGAAGAAUCAGGAAGUUCGGACACUGGAAAUUGCAAAAGUUCGAAUAGUGCCAAUUCGGUUAAUCACACGUUAUUGGUUUUUCGCAGCGCGGACGAGUCGUUAGCUCGACGCUAUCCAUGGGACAGCAGGACGCAGGGAGUAAUUCUGUCUUCAUUUUUCUGGAGUUACACGAUCGCCCAGUGCUUCUACGGGUCUUUGUCAGAGCGCUUCGGGGGCAAACAUCUCCUAGGCGUGGCAAUCUUCGUGCCUGCACUGCUGACUUUCAUCACGCCUUAUGCAGUCGAUUGGGGCGGCUCGACUGCUCUCAUAGUUACGCGUGUGCUCAUGGGGAUAGCCAACGCUGGCAUGUACCCGGUUUCCAGCACAAUGGUGUCGCACUGGACGACACCCGCCGAGAGAACCAAGAUCGGAAAUGCCGUGUACGCCGGACCACUGCUAGGCUUAUUCAUCGGCACCAUCGCGCCUGCUCAAAUCAUCAAAUACUCCGGCAUGGGUUGGCCUUCUGUCUUUUAUUUUUUCGGUGCGAUAGGAAUGAUUUGGUUCCCAUUCUGGCUGUUGUUCGUCUACGAGGAUCCACAAUUGCACCCUUACAUAUCCGACAAAGAGGCGAAAUAUUUAGAAAGCAGCUUGGAAGCCGAGAAGGUGCAGAGCAGACUACCUUCAGCUCCGUGGAAGCAUAUCUUGCUGUGCAAAGAGUUUUGGGCAUUCACUUUCAUGCUCGUCGGCACCAACUGGGGAUACUUCGCCAUGGUCAGCGAUUUGCCCAUCUACAUGGGAAACGUCGUUGACUUUUCACUGGAGAACAACGGUUUUUUCUCGGCAUUGCCCUACUUGUUCAUGUGGCUCAACACCAUGGUGAGCACUUGGAUCAACGACAAAUUAUUGGAGCACCAGUGCAUGUCUGUGACCAACGUCAGAAAACUAUUGGCCUCGGUUUCUGUUAUGGGUCCAGGUUUAUUUUUAGUGCUGGCUUCGUACGCCGAGUGCGACAAGACAUUCGUCGUUGUGGCAUUCAUGUUUGGAAUAACUUUGAUGGGCUGCCUUUAUCCAAGUGUUAUGAUGAAUCCCUUGGAUUUGAGCCCUAAUUACGCGGGUUCGCUGAUGGCCGUUGGAAACGGAUUGGCCGCGUCCGUGGGAAUAAUUACGCCGUAUAUCAUCGGUGUUUUGACACCCAACUCAACGCUCGUCGAAUGGAGAUUGGUAUUUUGGAUUGUAUUUAUGUUUGCUGUCUUAUCGAAUGUUGUCUAUCUUUUUUGGUUUAACGCCGAAAUCAAGCCUUGGAACGAUCCCAACUUUGAAAGAAAUCAAACGAGUAAUGCAAAAUCGGGGAACAAUGUUCAAGUCAAAGUAAUUUCCUAG